CUGGGUGUUGUUUCUAAGGGUCUAUAAUACCUGAGGUGGCAGCUUUCGAAUGUGUUAUCUACCUUAGUGGGGCUGUUCCGUCCUGCAUCUCCAGGCUGGCAAGGUCCUGGAUGUGGGCCUAGCUUCUUCUGGCAUUCCCACUUGGAGGGAGAACCAGUAGCUUCACUGAUGCCGACCCUGAUGCCAUGCCCCUAUCCAGGUUACGGCUGCCAGGGGCUCAGUUCUGCUCACAUGGAUGGGACAGAGACCCGGCAGCGUCGGCCAGAGGAGCUGGUUCUGCCACACACCCUCAGUCCCGGAAGAUUCCCUGCAGCCUCAGAAGACGGACCUCUGAGUGUGCCUGAGAGCCAAAGGGCAGUCUCUAAACCACUGGGGACUGAGCUCAGCAGGGAGACUGCCUUAUCCAUUGGCCUUCAGGUGAUAGUCCCCUUCGUGUUUGCUGGACUGGGACUCUCCGGGGCUGGUGUACUUUUGAACUAUUUCCAGCACUGGCCGGUGUUUGUGGAGGUUAAAGAUCUAUUGACAUUGGUGCCGCCCCUGGUGGGCCUGAAGGGGAACCUGGAAAUGACGCUGGCGUCACGACUCUCCACAGCUGCCAACACUGGACAAAUUGAUGACCCCCAGGAGCAGCACAGAGUUAUCAGCAGUAACCUUGCCCUCAUUCAGGUGCAGGCUACCGUUGUGGGUCUCCUGGCUGCUGUGGCUGCCCUGCUGCUGGGCGCUGUAUCUAAGGAGGAGUUAGACUUUGCAAAGGUGGAGUUGCUGUGUGCCAGCAGCAUCAUCACUGCCUUCCUUGCCGCCUUUGCUCUAGGAAUGCUGAUGGUCUGUAUAGUGAUUGGUGCUCGGAAGCUCGGCCUCAACCCAGACAACAUUGCCACGCCUAUUGCUGCCAGCCUGGGAGAUCUCAUCACAUUGUCCAUUCUGGCUUUUGUCAGCAGCUUCUUCUAUAAACACAAAGACAAUCGAUAUCUGACACCACUGGUGUGUAUUGGCUUCACGGCCCUGAUCCCCGUGUGGGUCCUCAUUGCCAGGCAGAGCCCACCCAUCAUGAAGAUCCUGAAGUUCGGGUGGUUCCCAAUCAUCCUAGCGAUGGUCAUUAGCAGUUUCGGAGGGCUCAUCUUGAACAAAACUGUUUCUAAACAGCAGUACCAAGGCAUGGCCAUAUUUACUCCUAUCAUAUGUGGUGUUGGUGGCAAUCUCGUGGCCAUUCAGACCAGCCGGAUCUCCACCUACCUGCACAUGUGGAGCACGCCUGGUGUCCUCCCCCUGUGGAUGAAACAGUUCUGGCCUAACCCAUGCUCCACUUUCUGCACCUCAGAAGUUAAUUCUGUAUCAGCCCGAGUCCUGCUCUUUCUGGUGGUUCCGGGUCAUCUGAUUUUCUUCUACAUCAUCUACUUGGUGGAAGGCCAUUUGGUCCCAAACAGUAAGAUCUUUGUGGUGUUCUAUCUGCUAGCAAGCCUGAUCCAGGUAAGGAUGAUUAUAGCAGUAUCAAAACAGCACUCACUGGUUAGCCAGCAAGAUUUGUCUCCCUGUCCUGGGAAUGAUGCUGGGGGAGAUAAGGUUGGGGUUUCCUGGACAUGGCUGGGUACAGCCCUCAUCUUCCAAGAGUCAACUUGUUCAAGCACAAAGGCAGGAUCCAGACACAGAGGCCACUCCACACUCUGUACUGCACACUUCCCCCUGCACAUUCCACACAGCACAUGCUACACUGCACACUUCGUAGGGUACACCCCCCACAGGGCACACUCCAUACCACGUAUAGAACACUGCACACUCCUCAGCAGAGGAUCAGAGGAUGGUCCUGAAGUGGCAGCAACUUUCCGUGAAGCAGGUUGAUGAGUGGGUCCAGCUGGGGAACUAGGCCAUGCGCACCAUCCAUCACGGAAAGGGUGGGCAGAGACCAGCCCCCUUCUGGAGUGUUGCUAAAAGGCAUGUAUGGACUUCAGUCAGGGCUGAAUGAUGAUAAGGACAUGAUGAAAGAGAUUAAGCUGGUGCCUCCCUCUGGGUGGUACUUAGCAGACUGUCUGCCCAGACUAGCUGGCUGAUGUCCCUUGUGGGCCCAGGUUGUUGGCAGAGAGAACUGUGGGCACUGAAGGGCAAUUCUAGGAGGCAUGUGCUACAACGAGGUACUGACGUGUUCAAAUCUCCCUGAGUUAGGGCAUUUGCAAUUGUAGCACAUCUCUGACCCUGAAUGGUGGGCUGGGACACUCUGAGACACUGUUUUGAGCAGGAGCAAGGAAGGGGCUGGAGUGUGCCUGGGACAGGGGACUGAGGAGCGCUGAAAUAAGGCCGGGACUGUGUUCACUACCCUGUGGCACUUUCAGGAAAGGCUUAUUGUCCAAAGCUGCCCAUACAAGGACCUUCAGCAAAUUCAAAUUGAAGUCCCAAUAAGGCCUAUGUCUUGAGUUUCCAAAGACAGUGCAACGAGCUGCUGUAGCAGAGAUGGUCUUUCCAGCACCUCAGUUUGCCAUGAGCAGGGCCUGACCACAGAGAAGGAGGCUA